AUGUCUGUGUCUCCCCCCCCGGGUGCGUGGCAGAGAGAUUGUGGGUCGCAUGGUAUGCGUGGAUGCGGAAUGAUGUCCUGGCCACCGGCAUCAUGUCCUUUCGCCGUCCACGAGUUGUUCUACUUCGGCCGCUCUCUUCCGUGGGCCUUCAUCGAUAGCUUGGGUUUCUUCAAGAGAUACAAGAUUCAAAGUCCGAAAUCAACCCAAUUCCAGCCCGCCAUCGAAACUAACAUUCUGCUUCAGAGCAAAGUACCUUCAUUACGCGAGCAAUGGGAUUGCGCCAAGUUUGUGCUUCUGAGCCACUUCACCGUCGAACUUCCUCAAAUCUGGUAUGUUCCUGCCCUCGACGGAGUGGUAUUCUACCUGACGCUUUUCCACCCAAUGGCCCAGUUCUGCGGUCUAUCAACAUCGAUUCCUUUUCCGUCUCCCUGGACUAUGACAUAUCAGAUUGCAAUAUUUUUCGUGAUGGAGGACACUUGGCACUAUUUUUUCCACCGAGCUCUUCAUUGGGGUCCACUCUAUAAGGCUAUUCACAAAAUUCACCAUCAGUAUUCUGCACCAUUUGGCUUGGCCGCCGAAUAUGCUUCUCCUAUUGAAGUGAUGAUUCUCGGCUUCGGGACCGUUAGCUGCCCGAUCCUCUGGUGUGCUUUUACCGGUAACCUGCAUAUUCUCACUAUGUAUAUCUGGAUUGUAUUGCGCUUGUUCCAGGCUAUCGAUGCCCAUAGUGGCUACGAAUUUCCUUGCAGUCUUCACCAUUUCUUGCCUUUCUGGGCUGGUGCUGAUCAUCACGACCUCCACCAUGAGAAAUUCAUUGGGAACUACUCAAGCAGCUUCCGCUGGUGGGACUACCUCCUUGACACCGAAUACACUCCGGAUGCCCUGAAGCGCCGAAGAGGGGAAAAGGUAAAGGCAAAGAAGAUAUAA